GGUACAGGCUCAAAUCAAAGUAGAUCGAUUUGAAAGAAAAUAGAAAAAAAUCUCAUAAAAUUGUAUAAAAAUUGAAGAAAUUUUGCACAGAACCUAUAGAAAAGACUCGACAAAUAGAAGAAGGAGAUUCGUUGCUGACGAAGUAAAGGAUCUCACUUUUUUGGUCUUCGCUUCAUCUAAAGGAUCUCACUUUUUUGGUCUUCGCUUCAUCUAUAACUUAUAACAAGUCAGAGAGAGAGUAGUGAGACGGGCCGAGUAAAUCGGAAAGAUGACGGCGCCGAUGAUCCUGAGCGGAGGCGGAUCGGCGGCGGAGAGAGACGCUCGGAUGGCGCACACUGCCAUGGCGUUUGUUCAGCUCUUUAAUGGCGGAUACCAUGUGAUUACAAAAGUAGCUCUCAACGUUGGAGUCAACCAGCUUGUCUUCUGUGUAUGCCGUGAUCUUCUUGCUCUCUCUAUUCUCGCUCCUCUUGCUUACUUCCGCGAAAGAAGGAUCAGAACUCCAAUGAAUAAAAGCCUUCUCUUGUCAUUCUUCUUUCUGGGCUUAGCAGGGGUAUUUGGGAACCAAUUGUUAUUUCUUAUCGGUCUUACAUACACAAAUCCAACUUAUGCUGCUGCCAUUCAACCAUCCAUCCCGGUCUUUACUUUUCUCUUGGCUGUAAUGAUGGGUACAGAAAGAGUGAAUUUGUUGAGAAUCGAAGGUCAAACUAAGGUUGGAGGCACACUUGUGUGUGUUAUGGGUGCUGUCUUUAUGGUUCUAUUUCGAGGUCCGGCCUUGUUAGGAGAUAAAGAUGCAGACUUUGCGAUGAACAAUGAAAUCAGUGCUAAAGGUCAACCUGAGCCUACUGGGUGGUUAGUCUCUGGUUUUCUCGAUCUUGGAUUUGAGACAUGGCACAUUGGAGUUUUAUGCUUGAUUGGAAACUGCAUGUGUAUGGCUACUUUUCUUGCCAUUCAGGCGCCACUUUUGAAGAAGUAUCCGGCAAAUCUUUCUGUUGCUGCAUUAUCAUACUUCUUUGGUACAGUACUAAUGUGCACAACAGCUUUCUUUAUGGUAAAGGAGCCAUUGGAUUGGAGGCUAACACAAUCUGAGGUUCUUGCAGUUAUAUAUGCAGGAGUUAUCGCGUCAGCACUAAACUAUGGACUCUUGACUUGGUCCAAUAAGAUUAUUGGUCCUGCCUUGGUUGCUCUCUACAAUCCUCUUCAGCCCGCUGCAUCAGCUUUCCUAUCGAGAAUCUUUCUCGGUAGCCCUAUUUAUCUCGGAAGUGUUGUGGGUGGAUUCUUCAUCAUUCUAGGACUCUAUAUGGUCACUUGGGCAUCGUUUAGAGAGCGAAAAACAGCGGGUUCCGGGAUUGGGAUUGCGUCUCAUGGUCUAAAAACCUCAGAGCCUCUGAUAUUUAAUGGGACAGUUAACAGACUAGGACAGUUGUUUUCUGGAUUACCCAGUUCCUCUGUGAAAUCUGCAGACUAAAGAAACCAAAAGAAGUUAAGAUUGAGACCAGAACCCAUUACAGCUAUUAUACAUUUUGUUAACUUUCAUCUCUUAUUAAUAUCUUCUUUGAUUACCUUAAUAUUAAUCACAGAUUCACAGUGUUGCUCCA